UCUCUGGGUUCUCCGGCUUCCUCCCACAAGAGAAGUCCAAGUCCCAUGUUGGAGUACUGGCUGUAUGUAGAAAACCAGCACAACAUGGCAGACCAUCACAUGAACAGAACUGUCAGUCCUUCUGUCCUUCCAGUCAGAGAGCGGAAUCAUCUGUCUUUACCUGUUCCUAGUUCAGUGACAGCCAUUGCCACAACAGUGAGCUCCAUGGUAUCUAGCUUCAUGACUGAGACCUGUAGUCUCACUGGUUCUAUGUGCAGUGCAACCAGUUCAGCUUGGAACACUUUCAGCCCCACAUCCAGGAAUCUUCACUGCUCUGACCAGGAUCCUGUCAGUGCUGCAGCUCACCUGCACCUCCUGGGCGAAUCUUUGUCUCUGAUUGGACUCCAUCUUCAAGAGACAAAUAAAAGGGUGUGUAUGUCGAGUGGCUUCUCUCUCCUCCUGGACUCUCUGCUGUGCGCUCUGGCUCCACUAAUCUGCCUCACCUCACAGAUACCUGAGCUGAAGAGCUGCACACGACACACACUGGCCUCCACUCUGGAAAACAUUGCUUAUUUGAUGCCUGGGCUGUGACUGAAGACAGAAGACCCCACUGGCUGUACAUGGCAUGAUAUACUGGAAAAAAACAUUAGGGUAGUUUACACAUAGAAAAUAAGUAUAAUAAGAUUUAUUUUGUUGUAAGACAAUAUUGGUACUAUACUUUGCACAAUUUAUUUUUUAGAGAGAUUUUUUUGUGUUAACCAUAUAUGCUUAGUUGUCAAGUUUUAUGAUUUGCAUUAGUUAUUUAAUUAAAAUAUAUUUGUGAACACUCAA